ACAAAUAUACUUGUUUUGUUUUCAGGAUAUAUAUGAGUGUGGACAUAAAUCGACAUUUUCAACGAACACAAUGAGUUUAUCGCGAUAUCAAGCGUCCCAAAGACCAUUGACAGAAGUUCAACAGCAAUAUUUACCUUUUGGAAAAUGUUUCCACAUUUUUUUCCUUUAUAAAACCUGCGAGAGUGAUUGUUUUUCUAUCAGACAAAUACAGGCUUUAAUGGAGGCAAAAGGAUUUGUAUGUGCGAGACAUGAAGAGGUUUUUAUACCAGGAUUUUCGAUAUUUCAAAAUAUAAAGGACUGCCUUGAAAGCUCAGUUGUUAUAUGUGUUUUGUUGACGCAGGAAUUUCUAAAGAGUCAAUGGUGUAUGAAAGAACUCAAUCUUGCUGUGAUGGGUCAAAUGAAGAACGAAAAUAAACAGCCAGUUAUUGUUCCUAUGGUUUCGGGAGUAGACGAAUCUGACAUCCCUGAAUGCGUUUCAGAUUAUACAUACUUAGAACUGUCACCUGACACGAUGGACUUUGCUUUAAGCUGCAGGUUAGAAAGAACAAUGAUGUAUGCUAUUGCAAAUUAUAAAAAUGAUACAGAAAUAGCUUUAGACAUGCUAGGUGUUUUACAAGCAAAUGAAAUGUUAUCAAUAUCCUAUAACUUGGACCAGGAAAAUGAACAGAUGAUAUUAUCAUGUUGCGAGAAUUAUCCGCUCUUAAAACAGGUUUUUGGUCUAGACUUCAGAAUUGAGAAACAUUAUUUUGAGCAUUGUUCAGUAUUCAUUAUCAAUUUUAUCAUGAAUUUUGAUAAAUUUGUUUUUUCUAAAAGCACAAAAGUCCAUGAUAUAAUUUCAGAAACAUGGGAAUUUUGUGUCGAUUCUGAACAAAGUGAUCUUUCCUGUUAUGACUUUUUGGAAAAUGACACAAAUAUAUUGACCAUUCAGAUCGAGAUUGUUCAUGACAAAGCCGAACUUAUAUUAUUUUGUUCUAAACCAAGACUAUCGAAGGGGCAAUACGUGAUGCCUUACAAAGCACUAGUAGUAUCCGAUAAAGACUCAUUACAAAACUUAUCAGAAGGAAAUCUUUUCACUUUUGAAGAGAAAAAUAAUAUCUUCCAUUGUCUUCUUAUAGAUAGUGGCAUGUUACCUGUAGAGAUGUAG